AUGUUCGGAAACCUCUCCGCCGCAGCGCUCCUGGCUCUCAGCCUCACAGCUUCAGCCACCCAGAUCUUCAGCAACUCUGGAACAACCUCUGGCUGGAGCUCGACCAAUCAAGAACACAGCGGCACUGUACAGGAAGUGACUAACGUCGUCUACAAGGGCCCCACAGCCCUGAAGAUGACCCAAGUCUACGACUCCAGCUACACGGGACGCUACCACUCAGAAGUAGUCAAGAACAACGUCUACAAGCGCGGCGACACCGGCUUCUACGGCUUUGCCUUCCGUCUCCAGGAGAACUGGCAAUUCUCCCCAGCCCAGUCGUACAACAUCGCCCAAUUCAUCGCCGACUUCAGCGACACCGGAUGCGAUGAUUACAUGCCUUCUAGUAUGGUCUGGCUGGUUGGCAACCAGCUCUACACCCGCGUCAAGCAAGGCAGCAUCUGUGCACAGAAGAUUGAAACGUUCCCGAGCCUUGCGACUGUCUCUGCUGGACAGUGGCAUAAGAUUGUCAUCCAGGCGACUUGGAAGUCGGAUGGCACGGGCGAAUAUAAGCUCUGGCUGGAUGGCAACAAGCUGUUGGAUAAGCGGAACAUCGCCACGACCAUUGAUGAUAGCCGGGCUUUCCAGUUCCGUGUUGGUCUCUAUGCUAAUGGCUGGCAUGAUGAUAAGCAGAUGAAGGGGACCCAGGGUACAAGACAAAUUUGGUACGAUCAGAUCGCUGCGGGCACUACCUUUGCGGAUGCGGAUCCCGAUCAGUGGUCGUGA